AUGGCGUGUUUGAUACGUACAGUUUUUCCCAGAAAGGUGGAUGAUUCCAAUGGAUUAUGUUCGCCUAAUGUGGAUGCUAACAUGCCUUUAGAAGAAAUUCCAAUGGAGGAGUCUGUCAGAAAUAUUUUAACUGAGGAACAAAUAUAUGAUGAUGAAUGGUCAAUUAGUAGGAAUAAAUUAUACUUUAUUGUCCAAUUUUCUGUAUCUGAUUCGAAUAAGAUGGAACGUAUCCUUGACAGACUAGCGUAUUUCAAUAUUGGAAAAACACUUGACUCGUCAAUUAUGGUUACAGAGCCCACGAUAAAUGUUCAAAAGCGUAAUAAAGGAGAAAAAUCCGGUGUUAUAUCAUAUUCGGCAAUUCAAAACUUUAUUGGAACUCUGAAAUCACGAUUGUGUGUUGCUCAGGUUUACAACGAAAUUAACCAACGUGGAUCGUUUGAUAUGAAUUAUUUAUGUUUCCUACUGUGUGCAGCUAUUGUGGCAAAUAUAGCUCUCGUGACCAAUUCUGCUGGCGUCGUAUUUGCAAGUAUGCUAUUAUCUCCUUUGAUGGAUCCAAUCAUGUGCAUUCUUUUUGGUUUAAAUUUACGUGAUCGUAAUAUGACAACUAAAGGUAUUCGCAACACAUCGAUUUCACUAAUUAUUUGUGUUAUGAUUGGAUUAACGUUUGGUUAUGUGGCACAUGCAAUUAGUGCUUUUCAAGAUGUUACACCAUAUCCCACAAGCGAGAUGGUUCAAAGGGGUGAACUACGAUCUUUUAUUGGAUCAAUGCUUGUAGCAGCAUUUUCUGGUGUUAGUGUUUCUUUCGCUAUACUAAGUAAGCGACUAUCAGCUUUAAUUGGGAAUGCAAUAUCACUUUCAUUGUUACCGCCAGCAGUUAACUGCGGUCAUUUGUUAUUACUCUCUCUUCUGGCCAUCUCCACUGGAGAGAAACGUGAGUAUGAAACAACAACAGAUGUGGAGUCGAAUGUUACAGCCACAUUGCAUUAUUGUACAUAUCCAUGGAUUCGACAAUACGAAUUUAUCUAUAUGCGAAAUCAUUGUAAUGCUCCUUUGGAAUUCCUUUACGUUGGUUUAUCAAGCUUCUGUCUUGUAACAAUGAACAUCAUGUUAAUUCUAGUUACUGGAUAUACGGUGAAUAAGAUCAAAAAUCUGGUCCCACUUUCGUUUACAAAUGAAAUCACUCGGAGAUUUUAUCAAAAAGACUUACGAGAGGUUCGUGAAAAUUACAAAUGUCUGCAUAAAUUUGAUGCAGCCGGUUUAGCCACUUAUGCAUAUAAUGAAUAUUUACGUUUAAAUAAAAUUAAUACACAUGAUGAUGAGCUAACAAAUUUGGAUAUUGAAGAUGCCGAUCAGAUUGCCAAUGACUUUCAUACAAUUAUGAAGGAUCUCAAAAAAGAUCCCUAUCUACAGACUAUUACUGCAGAAACAACCCAAGGUGAUAACAGUUUCUUGAAGAGAUUUAUGGAGAAAUCCGACGAAUUAUCAUCGAGAAACGCCGUGAAACGAGUAAAAAAGCGCCAUACAUUUUGUUAUCCCGAUAAAAAGUCUAUGGUGUCCCAAGAUGAAGCAGUUAGCAAUAAUAUUAAUAGCACUACAAAUAUUAAUAAAACCAUUAACAUUACCAGUCGUCCUACGUUUGUCAAUAAACAUACCAACAGUAACACAUGUCAUAAUCUUGAAAACAGGAGUAAUAAUAAUGUUACGAGAGUGAAGCUAGUGUCUGAAAUUAGACCCUCAAGUUUUGCUAAUGAAAAUCUUAAAACAAAUGAUGUCCAGUUUUCACCAUUAAUUGAAAAUGGCAAAUAUCGAAAAUGUCCAAUGAUACAUGAAAUUACAGAAUCGAAAAUGAGAACUUCCAGUUCUACAGGAAGAUUUGAAGUGGUGUCUGUAGAAUGUCAAUCAGAAUCUACAUAUGAUCCAGAACAGGAUGAUAAGGGCGAAAACAACACUAUGUUGAGAAGAAACGUUUGA